UCGUCUUCUGCUUUCCUAUGCACAUUAGGUGGGAGCUGAAUUGGAAGUGGAACAGCCAGGACAUAAACUGGACUGUUACAUCACAGGCAGUGAAUGGCUUAAUCUGCUGUAUACCAUGAAAUCAGUCCCUCCCAGAGAUACUCUAUUAAGUUGUGGGAUUUACUCUUGUCUUUGGAGUUUUUAAAUUCAAACACCAGAUGAAUAUUUUGGCUGAUACCCUAGUCUAGGGUAACUGAGGACUGUACCUGUCUAAUCUGUUAGAAUUCUAGUAGCUUCUGACCGCCUCUGUUGACUAUUCAGGGUUACCUUUUCUCACUCCUGGAUGUAUCCAGUACACCAAAGAAUGUGGUUACACUCUUUUUUUUUUUUUGGACUUUUGUUUUAGGCGGUAUUAAACAUGCAUCCAAGUGCCAGGUACCUGUCACGCAGCCUCAGUUAUCAGCUCCUGGGCAUUUUUGUUUAUGACAUCACUAGCUGCCAUCUCUCUGUCCACAUUUAAAUUGUAAUAAAUCUCAGGUAUCAUAAAUAUUUCAGCAUGUAUUUCUAAAAGACAAGGACCCCAUUUUCUUUAAAAUACAUUCAUCGUGAUCACAUCUGAAAAAAGUUUUCAAGUAUCAAAUAUCUAGUCACUGUUCAAAUUUCCUUAAUGUCCCAAAAAUGUUUUUUAUGAGAAUCAGUGUCUCUUUGUUGACACAUUUUAUUUUUAUUUAAAUUUAUUUUAUGGCCUUUCUCCUGUUUCAGAUUUUUUAUUUAUUUGAGAGAGAGGGCUCCCACCCUGCUGUUUCACCAUUCCAGUACUCAGGAAUCUGGGCCAGUUCAGAUAUCUGCCGUGGAUGACAGGAGCCCGGUCGCGAGAGCAGCCACUGCUGACUCAGGUGGUCUGCAGAGGAGCUGGGAGCAGGAGCUGGCAUGGGGCAUCAUGGGCCUGAGGCUUGUGAUGCAGUGACUUCAGUACUACACUCCAUACCCGUUCUCAUAUUCCACAUGAGUAGUGCUAAAGGACCUCUGUUGAUCAGUCCUACAUCUGCAGAAAAAGAGGCCAUCAAGGGUACCUACUCGAAAGUACUGGAUGCAUAUGGGCUCUUAGGGGUCUUACGGCUGAAUCUGGGUGAUACUAUGUUACAUUAUCUCGUCCUAGUCACUGGAUGUAUGUCUGUUGGGAAAAUUCAAGAAUCUGAAGUUUUCCGAGUUACUUCCACUGAGUUUAUAUCCCUUCGAGUUGAUUCUUCAGAUGAGGAUCGCAUUUCAGAAGUGCGCAAAGUUUUGAAUUCAGGAAACUUUUAUUUUGCGUGGUCUGCAUCUGGAGUCAGUUUAGAUUUGAGUCUUAAUGCACAUCGUAGUGUUCAGGAACACACAACUGAUAAUAGAUUUUUCUGGAAUCAGUCUUUGCAUUUACAUCUCAAGCACUAUGGCGUGAAUUGUGAUGACUGGUUAUUGCGCCUCAUGUGUGGGGGAGUGGAAAUCAGAACAAUCUAUGCUGCUCACAAACAGGCAAAGGCUUGCCUCAUUUCCAGAUUAAGCUGUGAACGAGCUGGGACCAGGUUCAAUGUCCGAGGAACAAAUGAUGAUGGUCAUGUCGCCAAUUUUGUAGAAACAGAACAGGUGGUGUACUUAGAUGACUCCGUGUCUUCUUUCCUCCAAAUCCGGGGCUCUGUGCCACUGUUCUGGGAGCAACCAGGGCUGCAGGUGGGGUCCCAUCGUGUCCGGAUGUCGAGGGGAUUUGAAGCCAAUGCACCUGCUUUUGACAGGCAUUUUAGAACACUUAAGAAUUUGUAUGGUAAACAAAUAAUAGUUAAUUUGCUUGGAUCUAAGGAAGGUGAACAUAUGCUAAGUAAAGCAUUCCAGAGUCAUUUGAAAGCUUCUGAACAUGCUGCUGAUAUCCAGAUGGUGAACUUUGAUUACCACCAAAUGGUUAAAGGCGGAAAAGUAGAAAAGUUGCAUAGUAUUCUUAAACCCCAAGUCCAGAAGUUUAUAGAUUAUGGAUUUUUUUAUUUUGAUGGAAAUGAAGUUCAAAGAUGCCAGAGUGGUACAGUUCGAACAAAUUGCUUGGAUUGUCUUGAUAGAACAAAUAGUGUACAGGCAUUCCUUGGGUUGGAGAUGCUUGCUAAGCAGUUGGAAGCUCUGGGUUUAGCUGAAAAGCCUCAGCUGGUGACUCGCUUUCAGGAAGUUUUCCGUUCAAUGUGGUCUGUGAAUGGUGACUCCAUCAGUAAGAUCUAUGCUGGCACAGGUGCUCUCGAAGGGAAGGCUAAGGCUGGAAAGCUAAAAGAUGGUGCUCGGUCAGUUACCAGAACAAUUCAGAAUAACUUCUUUGAUAGUUCCAAGCAAGAAGCUAUUGAUGUGUUGCUGUUGGGAAAUACACUAAAUAGUGAUUUAGCUGACAAAGCACGAGCUCUUCUGACUACUGGGAGUUUGCGCGCAUCUUCUAAAGUACUAAAGAGCAUGUGUGAGAAUUUCUAUAAAUAUUCAAAACCCAAGAAAAUUCGAGUGUGCGUCGGAACUUGGAAUGUGAAUGGUGGGAAGCAGUUUCGCAGCAUAGCCUUUAAGAACCAGACGCUCACUGACUGGCUUCUUGAUGCACCCAAAUUAGCUGGCAUCCAGGAGUUUCAAGAUAAAAGAAGUAAGCCAACUGAUAUAUUUGCAAUUGGCUUUGAAGAAAUGGUAGAGUUGAAUGCUGGAAACAUAGUAAAUGCAAGCACAACGAAUCAGAAGCUCUGGGCUGUGGAGCUCCAGAAGACAAUCUCCAGAGACAACAAGUACGUGCUGCUGGCGUCAGAGCAGCUGGUGGGCGUGUGUUUGUUCGUUUUCAUCAGACCACAGCACGCUCCCUUCAUCAGGGAUGUUGCUGUUGACACUGUGAAGACGGGGAUGGGCGGUGCGACCGGAAACAAGGGAGCAGUUGCUAUCCGAAUGCUGUUCCACACAACCAGCCUGUGCUUUGUCUGCAGCCAUUUUGCUGCAGGGCAGUCACAAGUCAAAGAAAGGAAUGAAGAUUUUGUAGAAAUAGCACGGAAAUUGAGUUUUCCAAUGGGAAGGAUGCUCUUUUCCCAUGACUAUGUGUUUUGGUGUGGUGAUUUCAACUAUCGAAUUGAUCUCCCCAAUGAAGAAGUUAAAGAGCUCAUAAGACAACAAAAUUGGGAUUCUCUGAUAGCAGGAGAUCAACUUAUCAAUCAGAAAAACGCUGGGCAGAUUUUUAGAGGCUUUUUGGAGGGGAAAGUUACCUUUGCUCCAACAUACAAAUAUGAUUUGUUUUCCGACGACUAUGACACCAGUGAGAAGUGCCGCACCCCGGCUUGGACAGACCGCGUCCUCUGGAGGAGGAGGAAGUGGCCUUUUGACAGAUCAGCCGAAGAUUUAGAUCUUCUGAAUGCCAGUUUUCAGGAUGAAAGCAAAAUCCUCUACACGUGGACUCCUGGCACUUUACUGCAUUACGGAAGAGCUGAGCUCAAGACUUCUGACCACAGGCCCGUGGUUGCUCUCAUUGAUAUAGAUAUAUUUGAAGUUGAAGCAGAGGAAAGACAAAACAUUUAUAAAGAAGUAAUUGCAGUCCAAGGCCCACCAGAUGGUACAGUGUUGGUCUCCAUCAGAAGUUCUUUACCAGAAAAUAAUUUUUUUGAUGAUGCAUUGAUUGAUGAACUUCUGCAGCAGUUUGCAAAUUUUGGUGAAGUUAUACUCAUAAGAUUUGUGGAAGAUAAGAUGUGGGUUACGUUUUUGGAGGGAAGCUCUGCCUUGAAUGUUCUUAGCCUGAGUGGUAAAGAGUUAUUGAAUCGGACUAUAACUAUUACUUUAAAAAGUCCAGACUGGAUAAAAAAUUUGGAAGAAGAAAUGAGUCUAGAGAAAAUUAGCAUUGUGUUGCCGUCGUCAACAAGUUCUACCCUGCUGGGUGAAGAUGCCGAGGUCACAGCUGAUUUCGACAUGGAAGGUGACGUUGAUGACUACAGUACUGAAGUGGAGGAACUGCUUCCUCAGCACCUCCAGCCCUCCUCGAGUUCCGGCCUUGGCACUUCCCCGGGCUCCUCGCCCCGGACCAGUCCCUGCCAGUCACCUACGAUAGCAGAGUGUCCCAUACCUGCGCUUCCCACCAGGCCAAGCCGAGCACCCUCAAGAACUCCUGGGCCUCCAAGUUCACAGGGUUCUCCUGUCGACCCUCAGCCUGCCUCCCAGCAGCCUCCGAAAGAUGCUGCCCAGGCCUUGGAACCCAAGAGGCCACCCCCACCCCGCCCAGUGGCCCCGCCGCAAAGACCUGCGCCCCCACAGAGGCCACCUCCACCCUCAGGACGCAGUCAGCCUUCCCCUCAAGCAGGACUCCCAGGCCCGGCACCUGCUGGAUACAGUGCAAGCACAGUCCGACCGACAAUCCCACCUCGAGCUGGGGUUAUCAGUGCUCCUCAGAGCCAUGCUCGGGCUGCAGCUGGGAGACUGACUCCGGAAAGCCACAGCAAGCCCGCAGAGGCACCCAAAGGUCCAGCGCUGCUUCCUGAGCCGCUGAAGCCACAGGCUGCCAGUGCUGUGCUCCCACCGGCUCAGAAGUUGCAGGAGCCGCUCAUCCCAGUGGCGGCACCCGGGCCUCCAUCUGCCCCCCAGGCGAGUUUGGAAACACCGCCACAGCCGCCACCCCGGAGCAGGUCCUCCCACAGCUUGCCUUCAGACUCGCCACCGCAACUGCAAGUGAAAACGAAUGGGGUCUCCGGUGUCAAGCCAGAGCCGCCGUUCAAGAGGGACCCCUUCGAAGAUCUGUCGCUUAGCCUGCUUGCUGUAUCAAACGCUCCGCGCUCUGUUCAAACGUCACCUGUGCUAACCACAAGCCCAAAGAGGUUGAUCGAGUUGCCUUCUGCAACACAAAGUACUGUUAAUACUUGGAGUUCUGUAAAUUGCAUGCCCACAAUGCCUCCAAUCCCAGCCCGGAGUAAAUCCCAGGAAAACAUGCGAAGUUCUCCAAACCCGUUUAUGAGCAGCUUGACCAGCACAAAUCCUUUCCCUGACAGAACUGCUGCCCCUGGAAACCCAUUCAGAGCCCAGUCCCUCGAGUCCGAGGCAGCCUUGUGGCUCCCCGAAGCAGACCCUCUUCCUCACAACCCCUUCCCUGUCCUGAUGCCUCUGGGUCACCCUACAGGCAACCCUGGCUCUUCCCUGGAAGGCAUUAAGGACAGUUUUCACAUGCAGGGCACAUCCACAAGGAAAGCGGGCAACCCGAAAGGAUGGGUCACCUUUGAGGACGAUGACGACUUUGGAGUGAGGGGGAAGCCGGAUGCCACUUGUUUCCCAGACCUACUGGGAAAUCCACCAAGUUUGUCUUCUGGCUCCACCAUGACAACUGAUGGCCAAAACAAAGAGACAGAUGUUUCUUUCGGUGUCUUACCAUCAAGAAGACCACCUCCACCUCCUGUCCCUACACUCCUUUCCAACACUAGUGCUCCGGUGGAUCCUUUCGCAACCUUGGCCACCAAGGCUCCUCCCACACUAGACUUUACAGAAAGAUAAUCUUAGGUGAUAGAAGACAGUCGUCAUUAUUUAGUUUUGGCAGGCUAGCGCCAAAAGAAUUGGGCAUUAGCUGUUCAUUACGUGCAAUAAGUUAUUGUGAAGCGCACUGAUAUCUUCAUGAAAUACCACUAUUUCAUAUGUACAAAGUUGGAAUAUGUGUAUAUUGGAAAUAAGGGAAAAAAUCCUUCUAACUGGAGUUUUGAUAUAGUGUUAUUCAGAAAAAUAGGAGACUGGUAGCCAUAAAAAGUGCUUAGAACUACUUUUGAAAUUAGUCCAUAUUUAGAAAUUCUGUCGAUUUUCUCUGAAGAAUCUCAACAAGGCCGCACAAUUUCUAGCUGACAUUACUGCCAGCCCGCUCAUGCCUGUUAACAAUUGGUGUUUGAGUAUUUACCAAAGAGCUGCCAGAGUUAGAAUGAAACCGUUCUCAAAGGCAUCACUUCAAACACAUGUACGUGUACACUCAUACAUGUACCUAUUUACAGCUGUCUGGGAUAUAACUGAGACCAAAUCACCAAAAAUCCUAACCAAGGCCCUUUAUCAGUGUCAUCAGAAAGAUGACCACAAGUGUAAUUUGAAUGUUCCAUUAAUUUCCAAAAUUAGAAUUCUCUCACUCUAGAGCGGGAGUUUCUGCCAUUGCACACCUUCCCCUUUCACAAGCCCGGGCCUUACUCUUCCACCCUCCAGCACCUCCACACGCCUCUCCCCAGGGGGAGGUGCUUGCAGCCUGGCAGCAGUGUAUUUUAUGGUCAGUACCAGGUGGACAGCUGGUCCAGCUCUCAGAACAGCACUAUGGCCUUAAACACAAGGAAGGCACAUGUCCCCCCAGUUCCAUGAGAAACUCUGGAGCUGACGGUCCUCUUUUCCCGACAGACAUUAAGCUCUACGCUGCCCAUUUGCCUCCCACAUCUGUCUGCUGGCGGCUUUUGCUCUGAUCACCGUGUUUAGCAGGGAGAGCAGCUGACCUCGGAGAGCUGUGAGUUGGGACACCCAGUGUGUGUGCCCUCCGAAGAGGCUACAGAGCACCUCUCUGUGAUGCUGCUCUACCUUCUUAGAGGCUAUACCUCAGACUAGCUGUGGAUUUUGUCUCCUGCACUGCCAAUAUGCAAUUGAUUCUGCUUUUGUUAAUUUUAUGAAGACAUACACAGAAUUUUUACAGAAUGUAGUAUUUUGAUAUCAUUAAGUAAACCACUUAGAGAACUCCUUGAGCAAUAGUUUUCUUGUCAUUUUAAGUUGAAGCUGCUCUUUUACUCAAGCCUGUGUUGAAGUCACUUUUUCUUUGAAGAGCUGUAUCUGUCCAGUUUCUGUGGCCACAUCAAACCUUAAAGAAGUGCAUUGGGGGAAUAUUUUUUAAGAGAAGUUCAUAGUUAAGAACAUAUACAUUGGAAAGCACAGCAGCCACGUUGCACUCAGACUGAAAGGGGCUUUUCUAAAUGCUCAAAUGUUAUCAAAAUACUAUAUUUCUAUAAUUCUGUCUCUGUUAACAGCCAGGAUUUGCUGUGAGAAAUAACUUUUGUGAGUUAUCUAUUGUGCUUCUUCAGGUUCUAAUCAUUUCAGCAGUAGCAUCUUUCAAACAGCAGUAUUACCGUAAGCAGUGUGCUUCGAAAUGUGAAUUAACUUGUUGAAACUGUGGCUUUCACCUCUGUAGUUGGUAUUUGCUCCCCAUUAUCGAGAUAAUUCAGUGCUAGGUACACUUGGCUAGUGCAGAGUGCAGUUCUGUGCGUGGUAUUCCUCGAGUAUCAACUACUGUCUCAAAUAGACAUAUCAGCAGCAGCUCAGCCUUUUUCAGGAAAACUACACUUGGUAAGUUGCUGAAAAUGCACAAAGUUUGAGAGUUAAAGGUAUGCUGCAGACAACUUGUCCUUACUCUGUGUGUUAGUAAAUAUUCACCGGUUCUGUUAAAAGCAGAACAGAGAUUAGACACUAAGGAACUCUUUGUGACUCCUUUGUUCUCUGUAGUAGAUUGCUGUUUAUAUGUAUGUAAGAAUUUUACUGCUUAUGUGGCACACACUAUUUAUAACUAUAUACUUUAUAGAAAUGCAGUAUUAAAGUCAGUGGGGAUACAGACAUUCUGUACAUAUCCUGUGAACUGUGCUGUCCUAUGAAAUAAAUAUACCUAUCUUUA